UAAUCUACAAGUUACAGUAAAUGGAGGGUGGAACGAUGUUAGUGCAAGAUGAUAUGCCAUGAUAUGCCAUGAUGUGCUGUGAUGUGCUGUGAUGUGUUGCCAGGUAUAAGAUGCGACAACUGCCAGAAAUAGCUUAAGGAAUACCCUUCUUACUUCUUGAUCUACGAUCUUCCCGUCAAUCAUUCUGUUCAUCAUUUUUUCUUCUUCUUCUUCCUCGAUCAGCCGGCCUGCUUCGAUUCUUGGGUAAUUCGUUUUCUCUUGAGGCCUUCUUUUCUCUAUUACUUCACUUUCACUGCUUUUAUCAUCUACUCCCUUCUCUUUCAGUUCUGUGAACAGCCAUGUUUUCCAUCAGACAGAUCCUCACGGCGUCUGCCGUGCUAGCAGUCGCCCAUGGGCAAGGAGUAAUCUUGAAGGCACAGGGAAACAAGAACUCGCCAGCAAGUCUUGGUCUGCAAGUGAAUCCCGAUGAUGCCUCCGAUGCCAACUUCAUCUCGCAAACCGAAAUCGUGACGAAUGUCGUGAACCAGUGUGGAAGAACGCUGCAAGCCGGCAACAUCGACGUAGGCGCCACCACCGAGGAUGCCCUAGCAGCAGACCAAGUCACGCAGGUGACCAAGGGCAGUUCCGUCAAGGUUACCGUCCGACAGGUCAACGAAACUGGCGCUGGUCCCUAUACUUGCGAUAUGGAUUUCACCGGCAACACGGCUGGUGCCACAGGCCAGGUCAACGUGACCACGACUGAGAGCGCUGCUGACAGGAACGGCGACAUCACCCUCAAGGUUGCCAUGCCUAAGGAUAUGGCAUGCAUCGGAUCAUCAACCGGCGACGUCUGCACCGUGCGAUGCCGCAACGCAGCCGGAUUCGGCGGCUGCUUCGCCGUGCAGCAGACUGACACGACGCCCGCCGAGAACACGCCUGGGAACAUCGAGGCCUUCCAGUCGCUCGACAACAUCCAGACGCAGAUCCAGCAGAACAUCGCCGACCUCCCCGCCGCAGUCCAGGCUCUCGCAGAGUCCGGGAAGAGCGACGCUGAGAUCGGCACCGCUGUGGUCGAAGGCAUCCAGGCCGCGGAUCCUACGACGGACGGACUCGCGCAAGAGCAGGCUAACGCCGGCAACAACAACAACAAUAACAACAACGCUGGCAACAACAACAACGCCGGCAACAACAGUGGCAAUACUGGAAACACGGGUAACACUGGCAAUACCGGUAACACAAACAACGGCAACAACAACAACAACAACAACAACGCUGGAAACGCCAACACAGGCAACGGCCGCGGGCGAGGAGGAGGCCGAGGAGGCCGAAACCGAUUCGCCAACAGGAGGCGAAGCAUGCGCGCCCAGAGAUAAAACGAAUGAAAACAUGGACAUGAAACCUGGUGUUGCUCUCGGCUUGGUGGUGUUGUUGCACUUACCUGCUCCACUAUUUACUACUCACAUAGUUCUCGAAAGCCAGGAGAGGUAAUGGAGGAAACGAUUCCCAACUUGUAAAUAUAUAUACCUAGCUAUCCACCUUUAAGAAGUCAGGUAUCAGUAUAUUCAUCUAUAGACUUUUGAUACAGCUCCGGGGUGAGCUCAUUAAA